AUGGCGUCGGCGAAGCUGCUCUACAUUGUGGUGGUUGACGACAACGCCUCCUCCUUCCGAUACACACGCUCCCUCCUCCACAGCACCCUCCAGCUCAUGGGAUGCAAGCCACGCCACGCCUUCGAGAGGUACGAGGUCGCCGAAGCCACCCCGACCACAAGCCCCCGCCAGUUCCAGUUCGAGCUAUACAAGCGCCGGACCACCGUCCUCCUCCCCAGGGAACUCUUCCUCGACCUCGUCCUCGACGCCCUCGCCCUCUACAAGUAUGUCGCCCCCAAUCAGCGCGCCGAUCUCAUGCUCGCCUGCAGGAUUCGUGAACGAAAGGAAUCUGUCACAGUUCUUUGCAGAACUAGUGGCUGUGGCAAGUCUACUCUUUCUACGCUGCUGGGAAGCAGGUUAGGAAUUACAACUGUAGUUUCCACAGAUUCGAUACGUCACAUGAUGCGAAGCUUUGUUGAAGAGAAAGAAAACCCUCUUCUCUGGGCAUCAACUUAUCACGCAGGUGAAUGUCUUGACCCAGUAGCAGUUGCUGAAGCAAAAUCUAGGAGGAAAGCAAAAAAACGCUCAGGCGUAUCAAGCAGCUCAAAUAUUGAUUAUGAGAAAAGUGGGGCUCUUACCGAAAAAGUUGAUGGGAAAUCAAUUGGGAAGAAGCAAAUGGCCAUUGAAGGUUAUAAAGCACAGAGCGAGAUGAUGGGUCUAAUGAGGAAACAUCCUUCGAUAAUACCUUUCAUGAUUUACAUAUCUAAUGAGGGUAAGCACACAGAGAGGUUUGCUGUACGUGCAAAGUACAUGACACUUGACCCAACGAAAAAUAAGUAUGUUAAAUACAUCAGCAACAUUAGAACUAUCCAGGAGUACCUCUGCAGCAGAGCUGACAAGUACCUAGUUCCCAAGGUCAACAACACUAAUGUUGAUCGGAGUGUGGCUUCGAUCCAUGCCACUGUCUUUAGCUGCCUCCGUAGGCGAGGUAACGGAGAUCAGUUAUACGAUCCUGAAGUAAAUACUGUUGCUAUUGUAAAUGAAGAGUACAAAAACCAAUGCGUCGCUAAUUCCAUGAGUUCCAAGGGGAUGUUUAAAUUGAUCCAACGGCUUGGAUCCUCAAGAAAGCUCAUGGCUAUCAUUAAUGUCGACGGUUCUGUUUCUAAGGCCUGGCCAGUUGAGUCCAGUGGAGGAGAUGGAAAAUGCAGUUCUGAACUUCUGAUAACAGUAGUAGCAGACAUGUUCUAUCUUCAUCUGGUUCUCCAAAGAAGUCAGAUGGACAUUGUAAAGAGCGAUGAAGAAGAGGAAGAAGAAGCUGAUGUUCGGCCUAAUUCAGGGAGUGAUGAGGACCUAAGUGAAGAAGACAACAGGGAGAUCGAUGGGGAGAUGGAAGGAUCUGUCGACGAGGACUGCAACAGAUCUGAUGAGGAAUACGAUGACCUGGCCAUGCGGGACAGUCUGGAGAACGGCUAUUUAACUGACGAUGGCGUCUUUCAUUCUGGUUUAAGCAAAUCUUCAAGCGGCAAGUUCUUUGGUAGCAAUCAGCGAAGCCACAGCACGCCAAAGAAACACCAAGAAAGUGUUGGUGUUCCUGAGACAGCACGCUCUUCUGCUGCUGCAGUUCCUGCUGGUACAAGCAGCAAGCGGCAUGCCGCUAGAAAGUGGAAGCGCUCGCUGAGUGACUCAUUCCGUUCUCGGCCACGGAGUGCGCCGGAGUUGGUCUCAGUAUGCAAGGGAUCACUGCCCGUGCAUGUGGCUCCCGAUGAGGUAGCCAAUGAGCUGCACAAGACGUACUGUGUCAUGUUUUUUUAG